AUGGUCCAGUGCGACAGUUGCGAUCGGUGGUAUCACUUCAGGUGCGUUGAAGUGUCUUCAAGUAUUGCUGAUGUGGACUGGAACUGUCCAUUUUGCGAUGUCGCUAACAAAUCAAGACUACAGGCCCCCACAAACGACACCAAUAAACCAUUGGACCAUCAGAAUCAACCCCCACUCGACACUAGGUCGGUACGCUCACGAACGUCUAACAGUGUCUGUAGAAGCGAGUCUAAGAGGAAGGUGGCCUUGCAACUAAGGAAACUAGAAGAGGCUAAAGCUAUAGAACAGCGAUACUUGGAUAAGAAGUACGAGAUCUUGAGCGAGUUUGGAAGUGAUGUGUCAUUGGAAGAGGACGAAAUUGAAUCACUCCCCGAUUCCAUGACGAAAAUUGAAAAAUGGAUAGAGAGCACAAAUCAUAUCAGAGAAAGAGACGAUUCCGGUUUACCUGUCGAAGGGAACGAAGGAUCUAUAAAGCAUAACGUCAAUCACGAUGGAUGCGAUGAACCGCGUCCUAGGCUGCCCGGCCGUUCAUCCCGGCAUCAUCCGCGACUACCUGUCUCAGAUCAACAUGGCAGGCUAGCCAGACGACGAAUCAAUCAAAGAUCCAAUCUUCCGCUCGACUUCAACCCGGACCUAGGAUCAACACCGAAUGAAAUGAACAGAAUAAAUCCGUCCGGCGAAGAGACUAUUUGCAUCCUAAACCGAAGCCAGUUAGCAGCACGACAGGCAGUGUCAAAGGACUUGCCAGAUUUUUGUGGAAAUCCAGAAGACUGGCCCCUUUUCUACUCAAUGUUCAACACGUCAACUCAGAUGUGUGGUUUUUCGAACGAAGAAAAUAUGCUCCGCCUUCGAAAGUGCCUGAAAGCAAAAGCGCUGGAAGCGGUUAGAUGUCGACUGCUGCAUCCUUCGAACGUCGCUGGUGUUAUCUCGACGCUAAAAAUGUUAUACGGCAGACCAGAAACGAUCAUCCAGGCAAUCGUUCGAAAGGUUCGAAGUCUUCCGUCACCCCGUAUUGAGAACUUGGAAACCUUGGUUAACUUCUCACUCACCGUGGAAAAUCUGUGCGCUACAAUUCAAGCAUGCGAAGUUGAUGACUUUGUGUACAAUGCGUCGCUCAGGUACGAACUAGUCGAGCGGUUACCAGCGUCUCUGAAGCUCGACUGGGCAAAGGCCUCCCGAGGAAAUCUAACACCAACUCUUCUGGACUUUAGUUCCUGGCUAUACACAAUAGCGGAAGACGCAAGUGUGGUAAUGAUGUCUGAGGAAAACGAUACGAAAUUUCGUGUCAAGAAGAACGGAUAUCUUAAUGUUCAUUUUGAUGCCGAAGAAAAUCGACCAGCUGCCACAAUAGUGACCAAGCAACCAUCAAUGAAGACCUGCGUCGUGUGCAAAGGAGAUUGUCUAUCUAUAGCUAAGUGCAAGCGGUUUGUAGAAUUCAGCUAUAACUCGAGGUGGGCAACAAUAAAGGAGUUGAAACUGUGCCGAAAGUGCCUUCGACGACACAACGGGCCAUGUAACCAGCAAAGGCAGUGCGGUACAAACGGAUGUACCUUUCUGCAUCAUCCCCUCCUCCACAGUAACGGUAAAUCGGAAGUCGAAGUUGAGUCUACAAGCUCUAACACCGCUUCUAACUCCGGAGUGAACUUCGAGCAUACGUGUAAUUUGCACCAAGGACAGAGCAGUGAAAUUUUGUUCAGAUUUAUACCCGUAAUCUUAUAUGGACCGUCAAAAUCAGUACUUGCCUACGCGUUUAUAGACGAUGGAUCCGAGCUCACCCUUUUAGAAAAAAGCCUUGCUGACGAAUUAGGAGUCAAUGGACCGUCAGCAUCGCUUUGUCUUAAAUGGGCCGGAGAAACCAGACGAACCGAAACUUCCUCUCAACGGGUCAGUAUGCAAAUCUCUGGAUCAAAGCAGCUAACAAAAAGAUUCGAACUGACAAAUGUGCGAACAGUGCAACAAUUGCAACUCCGACCGCAAACAAUGAUCGUUUCAGAAUUGCAAAAACGAUUCCGCCACUUAGCAGGACUUCCAAUUGAAUCUUACCAAGAUGCCCGUCCACGGAUUCUAAUAGGCGUGGACCAUGCCAAGCUUGGGCACGUCAUGAGAAGCCGCGAAGGGAAACUAGGAGAACCAAUCGCCGUGAAGAUGCGCCUUGGAUGGACCGUCUAUGGAUGCAUGACGAAUGAUACUCCUCUAGAACACGCGGUCAACUAUCACGUCCCGGAUAUCUGCCCGUGUAAUCAAGAAGGCGAUGACCGUCUUCAUAGGGCGAUGAAAGAAUAUUUCUCUCUAGAUGCCAUGGGCAUCAUCAGUCCAGCUAAAUCGCUUCUGUCGGCAGACGAUCAACGAGCCCACCAUUUGCUGGAUACGCUAACUGAGCGAAAAGGACAACGGUACGAGUCAGGCCUCCUUUGGAAAUAUGACAACGCGAGACUGCCUGAUAGUCGCCCAAUGGCACUAAGACGUUGGGAAUGUUUGGAACGUCGAAUGAAAAACGAUAAAUUGCUUAGCGACGUUCUGAACGCAAAAAUAGACGAUUAUUUAUCGAAGGGCUACAUCCGAAAGCUCACCAAGGAAGAGUUGAGUGAUCAGCGACCCAGAACAUGGUAUCUUCCGGUGUUCCCAGUAUCAAAUCCAAACAAACCGGAGAAAACGAGAUUGGUGUGGGAUGGAGCCGCAUCAGCUCAUGGAGUGUCUCUCAAUUCGGUAUUACUAAAAGGUCCGGAUCUUCUUACACCGCUAUUAGACGUUUUGAUUCGAUUUAGGGAAUACCGAACAGCUGUGUGCGGCGAUAUACGCGAAAUGUACCACCAGAUUCUCAUGAAGGAAGAUGAUCAGAACAGUCAGCGCUUCUACUGGGGAUCUAAGGACGGGAGCACGGAGCCUACCGUCUACACCAUGCAAGUGAUGACGUUCGGAGCUUGCUGCUCACCCAGCGUAGCUCAAUACGUGAAAAACAAAAACGCAGAGCUCUACAGACGCCAAUAUCCAUCCGCAGUACAAGCUAUCAUAAAACAGCACUAUGUUGAUGACAUGCUUGUCAGUGUGGAGUCUGAAGAAGAAGCAGCAAUACUUGCUCAAAACGUCAAGUGGAUCCAUGGGAAGGGCGGAUUCGAAAUGAGAAACUGGCUAUCGAAUUCGACAGCUGUACUGACCAAACUGGGCGUGAAUACUGCAGGCGAGAGAAGCUUGGAUGUUGGAUCGGAGACACUCACAGAGAAAAUUCUCGGAAUGUGGUGGAGCACUGUGAAAGACUGUUUCACCUUCAAAGUAUCUGCUAGGAAUGAUAAGGGGCUACUGUCCGGGCAUCGUCGGCCAACCAAACGUGAAGUCCUUCGGACCUUGAUGAUGGUGUUUGAUCCGCUAGGACUCAUAGCACAUUUCCUGAUGUUUCUCAAGGUGCUGCUGCAGGAGAUCUGGCGGUCUGGAAUUGGGUGGGACGAGGAAAUCAAUGAUCAACAGUUUAAAAAGUGGCUGCAAUGGGUGAAAGUGCUACCGAAGGUCGAGAACGUGGAAAUUUCUCGCUGCUAUCGAAUCCUUACGUCCGUGGGAGCAGAAAUUCAAAUGCAUACGUUUGUUGACGCUAGCGAAAAUGGUUUCGCUGCUGCUGUGUACCUGAGAUAUAAAGAAGGAAAUUCCAUUGAAUGUACCCUGGUAUGCGCAAAAACAAGGGUUGCUCCGUUAAAAUUUUUGUCCAUUCCACGUUCGGAACUGCAGGCAGCCGUGCUGGGUGUUAGGUUGGCCAAUACUGUUCAGAGAGCGCUUACAGUCAAAGUGCAUCAACGGUUCUUCUAUACGGACGCAAAAGACGUAUACUGUUGGCUGAAUUCAGAUCAUCGAAGAUACAGUCAGUUUGUGGCUGUAAGAGUCAGCGAAAUUCUUGAAAGUACAGAGACGCACGAAUGGUUUUGGAUACCCUCAAAUGCUAACGUUGCUGACGAGGGAACUAAGUGGAAGGACAUCCCCGAGCUUAACCCUACUGGCCGGUGGUAUCGUAGUCUUGAGUUCCUGUGGAAACCGCAACAGGAUUGGCCGCUGGCAUCGCGAAAUAUUGGUACGACGGACGAAGAACUUCGAUCUCAUUUACUGGUUCAUACCGCUGUACUACCAUCAGUCAUACCGAUAGAAAAAUUUUCAUGCUGGAAAAAAUUGCUCCGUUGCACCGGCAUGGUUCUCCGAUACGUUAACAACUUAAGGCGCAAAAUGGGAAAUGAGCCUAUCCUCAGUGGACCACUAACACGCAACGAGCUGGUUCAAGCUGAGAGCUAUCUGCAUCGUAUAGCACAGGGAGAUUAUUACGCGGACGAGAUAGCUGUGCUGAUGCUGAACCGUGAAAUGCGGAGCCAAGAAAGAUCAAUCCCGAAAAGCAGUUCCUUUUAUCGGCUCUGUCCCUUCUUGGAUGAGAAUAACGUGCUCAGAGUUCGAGGUCGCACUUCCGCCUGCAAGCUGAUUGACCAAGAUGCAGCAAACCCUAUCAUUCUACCCCGCGAUCACCAUAUAACUAUAUUAAUAGUGAGAAAUCACCAUCAACGGUUCCAUCAUCAAAACCACGAAAUAACGGUCAACGAGCUACGACAACGCUUCUCCAUUGCACGGCUAAAAGCUGUAUACAAAAAGGUUCGAGCAGACUGUCAACAAUGCAAAAUCGACUGCGCAGCUCCGCGUGCACCAGCAAUGGCAGAUCUACCUGCAACACGCCUUGCUGCAUAUUGUCGACCAUUCACAUACAUAGGAGUGGACUAUUUCGGACCAUUCACUGUAUCUAUCGGUCGUCGUACGGAAAAAAGGUGGGGUGUGCUUGCGACGUGCCUUACAACUCGUGCUAUACAUCUGCAAAUCGCUCACACGCUGUCCACAGACUCUUGUAUCAUGGCCUUACGUAACAUAAUGGCUAGAAGAGGAGUGCCAGCGGUUAUUUGGAGUGACCGGGGUACCAACUUCCAAGGUACUGAUAAAGAACUCCAAUCAGUGCUCCGAAACAUCGAUCAAGAUCGGCUCAUGGCGGAAUUCAUUUCAACGCACACCGAAUGGCGCUUCAACCCACCUGCAUCACCACACAUGGGGGGAGCAUGGGAGCGACUUAUCAGGACCGUAAAGCAAAAUUUGUCGAAGAUAGCAUCCUCUAGAGUGACGACUGUUGAAGUGCUGGAAAAUGCUCUAGCCGAAGUAGAAAAUAUUGUCAACUCCAGACCGUUGACAAAUAUUCCUAUCGACGAUGACAAUUCUCCCGUGCUAACGCCCAAUCACUUCUUGAUCGGUUCGUCUAAUGGCUUGAAGCCAUGGGUACCCUUCGACGACAGUCCGAUGGGCCUACGAAGUAACUGGAAACUUUCCCAGGCUAUGGCCAACUCGUUUUGGAGACAAUGGCUUCGAGACUACUUGCCAACGAUUACGCGUCGCACCAAAUGGUUCACUAACACGAAGCCUGUUGAAGUAAAUGACAUCGUCAUCAUUACGGACCCACGGAUGCCACGUAACUGUUGGCCGAAAGGAAAAGUUAUAGCGACUAAACCCGGACCUGAUGGGCAAGUGCGGUCAGCGACAGUGCAAACCAUCAGCGGCAUCUACGAAAGACCAGCAGUGAAGCUCGCGGUGCUAGACGUUGGCGUUAAUAGUAAUGCACCUCGGAUGAAUCCAUCGGGCAUUCCGGGAGGGAGUGUUGAUUGCGCCACAUCGUCUAACGAGCCCCACAGUCCCCUUCAGCGACGAACGAUCGCAGACUCACUCCCUUCGUCCGAUCAGAGGAUUGUCAAGUGACAAUAAGAAAUGAAGGUCACACAUCAAUAUUAAUUCCUUUGAGAUAGGCAGCAGUCAUUUCCUCGUGAGACAUAUAGUCGAGCAAAUCAUUAAGUACACGAUUUCAUGAAAAAUUAAAUUAAUCGUUUGUUCCUCGGAUUCUUAUAUCGAAAUUUGCGCUUAAUACCUUUAGAUACAAAAAUACCAGCGAAUGCACUCAAUCAGCAUUCCCUACAUAACCUCUUAAUUUCCCAUACGGUUAAUCAGCUAUACAACGCUGCUGGCAAAUUAGUUUAUAAAUAACCCUAGUCGUACGACUUGAUGCUGAGACGAGAUCUUCGACUAAUUAAUAGUUGCGCGAUAGCAUAACGAAUAGCGAAUUCACUAAACGAAUUUUGUAACUUGCUAUUUGGAUUAAUCAUUGGAAUAAAGUUCACAAAAUCGGACGAAUUUUCUCUGCUAUCGGCAACAGGUA